UAUAUUUCUUAGGGCUACAUAUAACAUUACCCUUGAAUUUAUUGAUAUUCAAUCAAAAAAUUUGGGGGUAAAAUUUGGCAGUAAACUCAAAUUCACAACAGUCAAAAGUACUCUUUAGUAUUUUCCAUUGAACUAGAAAUAUCUUCACCUCCGACUCAAAGAUCACAUCAUUCCAUCAAAACUCGACCUCAUCAAAACCCACAACAAUGGCAGAACCUUCCGCCGCCGAUCUAACCGACCACCUUCCUCUGCAACUAAUCAAAUCAGAAACAAUUCCACCUUCUCCAAACCUGUCAGAAUCCGGAUCUUCCGCCGUCGAUUGGUUGCCGGACUUCGCCGGAUACUCAUGGAUUGCUUAUGGAGCUUCCUCUCUCCUCGUUAUUUCUCACUUUCCUUCCCCUCUCUCCCCGCAACAGUCUCGCAUUGGCCCUGUUUUCCGGCAAGUAUUCGAACUUCUCCCUUCUUCCGACUUCCCCGACGUAGUCUCCGUCGCUUGGUCGCCGGCGAUUCCUUCUUCCGGCGAUCUUGCUGCCGCCGCGGAUAAUCAUGUUUUUCUGUUUCAUUAUGAUUCUUCUCCAGGUUCUUUUUGUUGGAGUCAGACUGCUACAUUGGUGCAAUCUGCCAAGGCUGAGGCUGUGGCGUGGACGGGCUCCGGAGAUGGGAUAAUAGCUGCAGGAAAAGAAGUAGUUUUAUGGAAAAGAAACAUAAAGUCUUGGGAGAUAGCAUGGAAGUUCAGAAUGAAGGUUCCUCAAACUCUAGUUUCCGCGACUUGGUCGCUUGAUGGACUUUCAGCAACUGGUGCAUAUCCUACUAAUCAUCAUGCUGAUGGAUUAGUUAAUGUGCCUUGUAAUGAAAGUGGUUGUGUUAGUGUGUUCCAGUAUGAUAGAAAAGCUGGAUAUGUUGCUGCUGAAUUACGGCAUCCUCAACCUGUUUUGGCGAUUCAGUGGAGACCUUGUGGAGGACGCCAAUUAAAUGGAGAUUUUCUAUAUGCAACAAGGCAUGUUCUGCUAACUAGCAGUGUAGAUGGGACUGUCAGGUUGUGGUGUGAGAUUGAUGACAGCAGAAUGCGGAAGGGCAGUAAAGAUAACCGUGAAACUUCAAACCUAAGACGAUCUUUUUGUGUGGUUACUUCCAUCGAAAUUAAUCAAUCAUUGGGUGGUACUCUGGGCAAAGAUAUUUUCUUAGAGUGGGCUCUGGAAAUAGAUGGCAUGGUUUGUGGGGGAGAUGGACUUAACAAAAAUUUCACCGGUGAGAGAUGCCAAAGUGACGAGGUUGGCAGUUGUGAGUGGUUGAUUGGGAUCGGUCCUGGCCAAAUGCUCACGUUUUGGGCUGUGCACUGCCUUGAUGACAUUGCUACAAUGCAGUCUCCACGAGUGACAUUAUGGAAGAAGCAGGAAGUGUCGGAGCCUGGUAUGAGAAGCUCCUGUAGAAAUAUUGGUCCAAGGUGCUACAGAGAAUCUUAUUUAAACAAAGUCAGUAUCAAGAGGAAUAGAUUCUUUGGUCCACCAGCCAUAUGCUCGUUACUUCAAUUAUUUCCUUGUAACUCCUUUAUCUGGUCAGUGUUAUAUGAUCAAUCAUUACAGAAGGUAGAGGAGAAAUCUUCUCUAGUACGUGAAACAGAUAAAUUGUCAUGUCAAUCUGUUAGAAUCUUGGAUACUCUAGGUCACACUGGUAAAAUUUUACAAGUUGCUGUUCAUCCUUGUACAAAUGAAGUUGAACUAGCUGUUUCCUUGGAUUCUAAUGGGCUACUUAUGUUCUGGUCGAUUUCCAACAAUUCUUAUAGCCUUUCUGGUCUGCCAACCUUCACUCCUUCAUGGAAAAUUGUGGGAAACCUUGUCCUGCAGUAUACUAUAUCUCAGAAUAUGAGCUUGUAUUGGGCGCCGUCAUGGUUGGAAGAAGACCAGAUUCUUCUCAUUGGACAUGCUCAGGGAAUAGACUGCCUUAUCAUUAAAACUUGCGUUACUGAAGAAGACAAUAUACUAUGCCAUAAACUCUGCACUAUUCCUUUCGCCGUGCGUGAUCACUUAGAUGGGCCUGACAAAAUUGUCUCAGUUCCCUUACAUUCCACUCGUGAAGAGAAUAUCAAAUUCAAUAAUUUCUUUCUUAUGGGAGUAUGGAUGAAGAGCUGUGAAAUUCAGUCCUGGAAAUUGACCUUGCAUUCCUAUGAGCAUUGUGAAAGAGUCCACCUGUACAAUUCUGACACUGGAUAUAAUGCUGACUGCAGCAUAUGUAUGUAUAAAACUGACUUUGCUGGCAAAACGUAUUUCAUGGCUGUGAGUCCGUGUUCAUCAGAUUUGUCAGAUGUUCAUAAUGACAUUACAAGUAUCUCUGUGGUGUCUCCUAGUUUAUCAAUGCAUUAUCUGCAGAACAAGUUGGUAAAUGAUUCUUGUCUUAACAACUUUCCAUUUCACAUGGCCACAGGACACUCAGAUGGUAGAUCAAGACUCUGGAGGAUUAACCUAUCUGAUUUAUCAGUUGGUCAGACUCCUUUUGAGCUUGUAGGUAUAAUUAGUUCCCUUCAAAGCCCUGUCACUGCUAUAGCUGUAGCUGAUUGGGGUCAAAAGAUUGCAACAAUAUGUUCAGAUGGUCAUAGAAAUAAUGUAAACAUGUUAUAUAUAUGGGAACCUCUGCAUCUCACAGGUGCUGGGACUCUGGAAUUGGAAGACAAGAUAUGCUUGAAUGGUAAAAUUGUGGCUUUCACUUGGUUUCAAAUAGAAAAUAUAUUAUUUCUUGGGGUCUGCUUCCAGAAUGAGCUGCACAUUUAUUCCCGAAGAGUUUGUAGUGUUCAGAUCUCACAUGACCUGGAAAAACUGCCAGAAUCGUCCUCCUGGGUUUGCAUUGCCAUUGUGCGUACUUCGCCUACUAUCUGUGACUUUGUUAUAGGGCCUAGGGGUACACUUGUAGUUAUUCAUGAGAAUUACUUUACUCUCUUCAGUCACUGGUCAUUAUAUAAAGGUAACAAGCAUUCGACUGAUUAUUCUGUGGGUAAAAUUCAAGUCUUUGAAGAGUUGUCAUUUGAAAAAAGCAGUGAGAGAGAUUCUUUCUGCCCUCCUUUGACAAAGGCACAUGAUGAUGUACGUAGCCUUCUGAUUGGAGAUGGUACUGAACCAAACAUUAUCCCAUUGAACAAGAAUUGCUUCUUGAAGAUGACAGUUGUUGCUGAAAAAUUAGCUGGUCCUCUGCCUUUCUACCACCCUGAGGCACUCUUGACAAAUAUUUAUUCAGGCAACUGGAGACGUGCAUAUGUAGCUGUUUGUCAUCUUUUUGAGUGUUUAACCUCUAAUUCCGCCAUUGGCCAAGGAGUUUCUCCACCAAAGUCUAGCAUCAUUAUUACACAGAUUAAUCUCUCAAAGUAUUUCGAAGGACAGUCAUUAAAAGUAGGAGCUAGUCAAGGACUCCAGUGGAGCAAUAACUUCGACACAAACAAUUGUUCUCGGAAUUCAGAUGAAGGGCUGAUGCAUUUUGCAGAUACUUCUGCGGGUGAUGCUAUGAACUGUGUGCCCGCUGCAUCUGCCACAAGCUCUGAGUCAUAUGGAUUUCAUAAAAUACUGGAGAAAUUGCAUGGUCAUCAUGAUCUUACUGGUUCACAGAAGAUGCAGAUGCUUGCAAUUAUAGAACUUCUGAAUGAAAUUAGUAAUUCACAAUCGACCUCAGCAUAUGGAAGCCUUGAUGACACAGGAAGAAGGUUCUGGUGCGGAAUAAGGCUACAGCAACUGGAUUACCGUCGGAGAUACCAUAAGACUCCAUCAAUUGAAGAAUUAGUUGUUGAUUCUAGGGUGAUGGUUUGGGCCUUCCAUUCUGAUUGUCAAGCAAUCUUAUUUAGUACUAUUCUACCAACUGAACCGACUUGGGAAGAUAUGCGGAAGUUGGGUGUUGGGUUCUGGUUUACAAAUCUUUCAGAUCUGCGCAGUAAGAUGGAAAAGCUGGCUAGAUCUCGAUAUCUGAAAAAUAAAGAUCCAAAGGCGUGUGCCCUUCUGUACAUAGCAUUAAAUAGACUUCAAGUCUUGACUGGCCUCUUCAAGAUCAGUAAGGAUGAGAAAGACAAGCCCCUAGUUGCAUUUCUAUCUCGCAAUUUUCAGGAAGAGAGACAUAGAGCUGCCGCUUUGAAAAAUGCUUAUGUGUUGAUGGGGAGGCAUCAAUAUGAGUUAGCAAUUGCUUUCUUUUUGCUUGGAGGUGAUACAAUUUCUGCUAUCACUGUUUGUGCUAAGACUCUUGGAGAUGAACAACUUGCUCUUGUAAUUUGCCGGCUCAUUGAGGGACAAGGUGGAGCGUCGGAGCGCCAUCUAAUAUUAAAGAUUUUACUUCCAUCUGCAAUUGAGAAAGGCGACUACUGGCUUGCGAGUAUUCUUGAGUGGGUGUUGGGUAAUUACCUCCAGUCCUUUCUAAUUGUUCUUGGUUUGCAAGGGGAUUCUUAUGCCACUGAGUUUGAAAAUUCAUUUAGAUCUGCCGCUUUUCUUGACCCUAGUAUUGGUCAGUACUGCCAAAUGUUGACAGCCAAGAAUGUCCUAAAAAAUGCUGUUGGGGAGCAGAACAUUGCAAUUUUGUGUCGUUGGACUAUAGUGAUGACUGCUUCUGGAUUUAACAAACGUGGCCUUCCGCUUGAAGCUUUGGAAUGCCUAUCAUCAUCUGCCAGCAUUCUUGGAAUUCCGGAUAAAAGAUCAAAGGGUGAAGAUUCUGAAAUUCUUCCCAGGAUACUGCUUCCAUCUCCAGCUGAUUCUUUUAGGUGGCUUUCACAUGAGGUAGCCUGUCAUUUGGUUUACCAAGUCAAAUUAGAUCUAGCCAUGCAGUAUGCCGCCAAACUUUUUAAGGAGCAUCCAUGCUGGCUUACCACUAGUUCAGUAUUAUCAAAUUCUAGUACUUUCAAUGCGAGCUCGCUGGGGCAUGAGAUAAGUCAAUAUGGCGCUCUUCUUGGAAAUUUUGAACAGCUUUUGGAUUCCGAAUUUGCUUAUCUGGAGCAGAAAUUUUCUGUGGCCCGGGAUGUAUUGCUUGAUAAGAUUUUUGUUUCUUUAGACAGUGAUAAGCUGUUGCUCUACGGCUGUAAAGGUUUUGCUUCUCACGUUCAUUUGCCUCCAACAAACCAUAAUGACUGUACUUCAUCCUGGCUGAUCAAACAUUUUGUAGAUGUGACUGAACGUUUGUCUUAUUCGCUUCCAAGAUUUAUUAAUGCUUGUAGCAUAGCUAGUUCCAGGGUCUUGUCUUCAUCUGAGCAGAAUUUGUCUGAUGUCAAACCAUAUUGCUUCUUCCAAUUAUUGGAAUUCUACAUGCAGGGUUUUAUAUUAUCAAUCUCCAACCUAGAAGCUGCUUUAAUGAAGCAUUGUAGUGGUAGUUCUGGAAACUUUGCUGGUCAGUGCAUUAUUGCUCUUGAUUUAUGCAAGUAUUGUAUAUAUUUCACUUCAGCAAUGCUUCAACGUAACCUGAAAGCUCUUGAUGCAAUGUUGCGACCUGUUUUGGUGUCAUGCACUGAUGGAAUAUAUGAAGAAAUUGACAUUGUAAGUUUGAGGACUAUACUUGGACAGGUGGUUGAGGCACUCAGCCUCGAACCGUCAGGCCUUAAUGGUUCACUGGGCACUCAAGGAUUGCAGCAGGAGAAUGGAGGGAAUACGUUGUUUAUAAUUCCUGAAGAUGAGAUAUGGAUUAUUCUUAAGUCGUGUUUGUGGCAACAUUUAUCUAAGUUUAUUGAAUGCCAGCUGAAUUUUUUAUUUAGUAAACUAUCUUAUGAUGAUGCACCUAAGACAUCUGUCCUGGAUUCUAGUUUAUCUCUCCACCCUGAUAGUAAUUGUUCUCUGAAACAAGUUAGACAGGUCUUAAUGAUAUUUAUUGAAACGAUGGGAAAUACCUUCACUCAUAUACCACCGCAUACUGCAAGGCAGCUUGCCAUUUUUCUUCAGCAGAAAGUACAGAGUGGGACCUCUCUACCUAUCCUAACAUGGUUGGAGGAAUCAAACCAAUCUACUUCUAAUGUGCUUCGUGAGCAUCAGGAUGGAAGUUCUGGUUUCUCAGAAACUUCUGAUAAAGAUAAUUUAUGUUCAAGCUCUAAGUUACUAACAAUCUGCAAUUGUCCUAAAACUGUCUCUGAAAUGCUUGCUCAAUUACCAGUUAAGUUGUCAGAGCUCAUUCACUGGAAGCCUGGUAAAGGGUGGAAUCAUUUGCAUAUGGGUGUUCUCGGAGAGCAUGAAAAACUGGAAAGUUAUAAGCAAGAAGGUAUAUUUGAUAGCAGUCCUCGUGGUAAUAGAAGUAAAAGCCCUUCUGCAGGUUCUGAACAGAGUAAUGACGUUCUGGAUUCUGAUAGAAAGGGGGAAGCUGUCACCAAAAAGGUGGUUCCUUUCAACAGUCCUAAAGAAAUUUACAGGCGAAAUGGAGAACUAUUGGAGGCGUUUUGUAUUAGUUCCAUAGAACAACAGCAGGCUGCACUUGCCAGAAACAAAAAGGGAAUAUGUUUCUUUAGUUGGGGUGAUGUAUUGCCUUUUAGAGAUCCAUCAGACUAUAUCUGGGCACAAGCUGAUUGGCCACAGAAUGGUUGGGCUGGUACCGAUUCUACUCCAGUUCCUACAUGCGUCUCUCCUGGUGCUGGUCCUGGAAGUGAUAGUGGUUCACCUCUUGGAUUAGGUGUAGCUACCAAUGGUUUUGGUUCUCAAGCAAGACUUGGAAAUGAUUUAACUGGUGGUGGUGCAUUUGGGAUCCCAGGUUAUGCUGGUAUUGGUGCCACUGGCAUGGGAUGGGGAAUUCAAGAGGAAUUUGACCAUUGUGUUGAUCCACCAGCUACAUUGAAUAAUGUAAAUGGAAGUGCUUUAGCUGCUCAUCCUUCCAGGCCUUUCUUUCUAGUUGGUUCUAGCAACACUCACAUUUACCUAUGGGAGUUUGGUGAAGAGAAAGCUGCUGCAACUUAUGGAAUAAUAGCUGCAGCUAAUAUACCUCCUCCAUAUGCUCUUCCGUCUGUUACUAGUUUACAGUUUGAUCACUGUGGCCACAGAUUUGCUAGCAGUGCAUCAGAUGGAACUGUGUCCGCCUGGCAAUUGGGUGGGGGGAGGAGCAAUGUCAGGCCAACUGAGUCAUCUCUCUGCUUUAAUGGUCAUGUGUCGGAUGUCUGCUACGUGGCAACCAGUGGAUCAGUUAUUGCUGCUUCUGGUUACAGUUCAAAUGGUGUUAAUGUGGUUAUAUGGGAUACACUAGCUCCCCCAUCGAGCUCCCGAGCUUCUGUGAUGUGCCAUGAAGGUGGUGCUAGUUCCAUUGCUGUGUUUGAUAAUGAUGUGGGAACUGGUUCUAUUUCUCCCCUAAUUGUUACUGGUGGAAAAGGUGGUGACGUUGGACUUCAUGAUUUCCGUUAUAUAGCCACAGGAAAGACCAAAAGACAGAGACAUUUGAACAGUGCUGAGAGAUCUGAUACAGCUGCUAUAGAUAUACGAUCUGAACACUCCUCAAGUGUCGGAGAUCAGAAUCGACAUGGAAUGUUAUGGUAUAUACCAAAGGCUCACUCAGGGAGCAUUUCUAAGAUUGCAACGAUUCCAAAUACUAGUUUUUUCUUGACUGGAAGCAAGGAUGGAGAUGUUAAACUUUGGGAUGCUAAGAGAGCUAGCCUGGUCUUUCAUUGGCCAAGAUUGCAUGAGAGACAUACAUUUCUUCAGCGUAGUUCUCAAAGCUUUGGAGGAGUUACUAGGGUUGGUGUCACAGAUAUUCAAGUUAUUUCUGAUGGUUUCCUCACAUGUGGAGGUGACGGUUCAGUAAAACUGAUCCAGUUGGACAAUAAUGUUCUCUUGUGAAUAUGUUGAAAACUAGCUUGAACUAUACCUGAGUCAACUUCUGGUAUUGCCGUAUGAUACCUUCCUGUUAUUGCUGGAUAUUGCUUAGGAUCAUAAUGAACACCUUCUAGGAGCCACGGAAAACUCUUUUUUUUUUUUUUUUUUUUUUUUUUUAUCGAAGUGCAGUUCAUCACAAAGGCCCCAAUCUGAAUAACCACGAAUCAUGAAACUUCAAAAGUGUUCAAGGAUGCUUUGCUGCAUGUCCAUGUUUUAGAGGAUUCUACUUAAUUUGAGUGAUUGUAUCUGGCAUUGUGUACUUCUGGGAGAAACCUGUAAUGAUCGAGCAUUUGUACCCUAACUUGUACAUUUAGCUCAUAUUAAAUUUUGUAGGAUUAGUCUGUGUGGUUAACAUGUGUAUAUUUGUAAAAAUUGUAACAUUAAAGUUGAUAAAGGAAAUAUAUACAAUCAAGUUUUUAUCUGACCA